AGGACGAGCUAUCACAUGACAGUAGCACUGGUGCAACAACACAACGACCAUUUCCGGUAUAUGAGAAGCAGCUGUGGCCUCCGCAACGUGACGAGGGAAUUUUCAAACGCUAGGCCUACAUGCCGGUCAAGUCCAGGCAGAAGAGCAGCAGCUUUGCAGACUUCACUUUGUUCUUGCUGAAACAAUAACAAUGUGUGUUUCUGUGCUCAGCUUUAUUUUGCUGUUUGGAGUUUCUCAUGCUUUUGACACCGAGGCUCCUGCCCAGCUCGGGCCUCUGUCGCUCGGGUUCAGUUCCUCGGUCCGCUCGGUGUGUAAACCCAUCCCGAGCACGCUGUCUCUGUGCCACGGGAUCGGCUACAGGCACAUGCGGAUCCCCAACUUGCUCGGCCAUGAUACACUAAGAGAGGCGCAACAGCAGUCGGCGGCCUGGCUGCCCCUCAUCUCCAAGCUGUGCCACCGGGACACCAAGAAGUUCUUGUGCUCGCUGUUUGCUCCGGUGUGUUUGCCGGAGCUCAGCGGGCCGAUCAGCCCCUGCAGGAGCCUGUGCGAGGUCGUGCGGGACGGCUGCGUGCCCGUUAUGAGCGCGUUCGGGUUCCCCUGGCCGGAGAUGUUCAACUGCACCAGGUUCCCGCGCGGGACCGAGCUCUGUAUCCCGGCAACCUUAGAGCAGGAGGGGCGAACGGCAGAGGAGGUCAGGCACGAGGAAGUGUUGAAAGGGAGUGUUAUCUGUGAUGCCUGUAGCCUGGCUGCUGAAGGCGAAACUGACAUCCAGGAAAACUUCUGUCAUAAUCCAUAUGCUUUUAAGAUGCGUCUGGGCAGUGUGUCGAUGGUGGGAGGGGACCGUCAGUUGGUGCCUACGGCCCGCAGCCGCAUCCUGCGGUGGGCAGGGGGAGGUGCAGAGAGGGCAGAAGGGGUUGGAGGCGCAAUGGCCCACAGUGCUUUGUGGCUGCAAGAAGGAGGCAUGUGUACUUGUCCUGGCUUAGACUCUGCAGAGACAAAUGAAGACAGGGGGUUAGAGGAGGAGCACAUGGAUAAGAGACAAGCAAAAGAAGGAGGAAAGGAGGGAAAAUGGGCCCAGAGUGGAUGGUACCUGGCCCUGGCUCAGGCCGAAGAGGGACGACUGGUGCUGACUCGACUGGUGAGGUGGACCAGAGGGGACAAAGAGCUGAAGAAGUUCAUCAGAAUGCUCCUUAAACCGUCCUGUCCAGAGCUGUAGACAGAGAGUUAUUAACCAUUGCAGUCCUGCCCAAUGGACGCUGUAACUGUGUGCUGCUAAUUGCAACAUCAUUAAAUACUAAACAGCUAACAAAUAGUUCCCAAAUAACACUGAAUAAAUCACUUGAGUACCAAUUGUUAGAUACAACGUCAAUUAACCUUAGUUCAUAGAUAUCUGUGAAUCUGGAAACUGGCAACUGGUUCCUGAUUAACUCUGAAAAAAAGGUGCUAAAUCCCAUACACUCAAUAACCAAUAAAAAACUAUGUACGUACUUUAUUUUGUAUCCCAUCAAGUAAAGCAGUGCGUCAUAUUUACUUUUUACCAAAUGCAUCGUUAUAUCACUAUUACUUUACCAUUAUUUACCAUUCAGGUAAAAUAGAGCAUCAUUUUACUAAUCUGACAAAGUGAAUGAUUAUUAGACAGAGAGCUGGUGUUUGUGUAUCUUAUUGUAAUUAACAAUUACCCCAUUAUUCUGGAAAUCUCACACAGUCAGUGAUGGUAAGGCAUUGCUACAAAAGUUACUAUUACACAUGGCAUGCAGUGGUUGAUAUAAUUCCAAUUUGGGCAGUAUUUUCUUUGUAUUUUUCUGUACAUUUGUGUAUAUAUGAGAGCAAAAUAUAACCCUUUAAUCAAAGUCAAAGUGUUUGGUAAUGAUUGCAGGGUUUCGGCUGAUCUCAUCACACAUUUUCUAUUGAUAAAUAUUUGGGUUGAAGCAAUUGUUAUACCUGUAAUGAUAAAGAAAUGUUUUGUUAUACUACCUAUCCUAUCACAAUGUCGUUUUAUACACAUUAAGCAUACACCAUAAAAAUAAUAGACCUGCAAGUUUUUUAUUGCCUCAUAUUUUACUAUUUUGUUUCACAGCAGCUUAAGUCUCAGUAGUUUUAUCAGUGAAAUGUUAGGAAGUCACAUCAAAAGAGAAACAUUGAAAAGAAAGAAAGGGAAUUAUGUGAUGUGAACAAUAAAUCAUUUACAUUUCA